GAAUGUUUGAAGGCCAUCGCGACCUUGACGGCUUUUUGACUGCGCAUGUGAUCGAGAAAUGGAGAAACUUUCUCGUGUACAUACCGGCUCCUUUGACUUUUUAGUGAAAGAAGGCUUAACUAGACUAGUCAAGCAUUUGCAGCCACUGGAAUUUCGUGCUGGUGAUCAUGUUGUUGAACUUAAAGUACAGUUUAUAGAAGUAUCCACUCCUGUCAAUCCAGACAAUAAGACCUCUCUUCUUUACCCUAGUGAGGUGAGUUUGUACUGGUUUUCAUGUCAAUUUGCUUAGUGUCGGAGAGCUGGAUUGACGUAUGGUGGUGAAUUGAAGUUGAGCGUCCGUGUAUCCUUGAACGGCACAGCUUUGGGUGUUGUGGAUGUUCCAUGUGGAGUCUUACCUGUCAUGGUCAUGUCUCGGUCAUGCAAUUUAUUCUCUCUACCGCGGUCUCAGUUUUAUUUGCACAGAGAAGAGUACAAAGAGAUUGGAGGAUAUUUCAUAGUGCAUGGAAAGGAGCGUGUUAUAAGACUUCUAAUUAUGGCGAGAAGGAAUUUUCCUCUUGCCAUUUGUAGACCAUCUUUUAAGAAGCGUGGACAUGGGUACACUGAGCGUGCCAUUGUAAUAAGAUGCGUACGAGAAGAUGAAUCUGUUUCGAUUUUGAUGCUUCACUGGCUUAUGAAUGGUGAACCAGCCUUAGCAUUCAUCGUUGAACGUGAACAAUUUCUAGUACCUAUCUCCAUUAUAUUACGAGCUUUGGUUAAGAAAACUGAAUUCGAAAUUUUCGAUGAUAUUCGACGUGGCAGUGGGGAAUCACUUUCACUUGAAGAAAAUGCUAUGCGAAUUCUGAUGCGAUUAAAGGAUGAAGAGUAUAGUUCACAGACUCGAGCUUUGUGUUAUCUAGGUGGAUUAUUUCGCAGACGUAUGAAUGUGCCUGAUAGGCUAUCAGAUGAAGAAGCUGGAAAAUUUCUUCUUAAUGAAUAUAUAGCAAUCCAUUUAUCAUCAUUUUUGGAUAAAUAUCAUCUACUCUGUUUUAUGAUUAAAAAGUUACACGCAUUUGUUUCUGGUUUAUGCUGUGAAGAGAGUAAUGAUAAUCCAAUGUUUCAAGAAGUCCUACUACCAUCCACAUUGUAUCUACAAGUAUUACGUGCAAAAAUAACCUUCUUCCUAUCUGGUGUUCGAGAACAAAUUUUAUUGAAAACUCGUAGACAAAAUGUUCGUGCCACCUUGUCUUUAUUUCAUCAAACUCUGAAUUCUCGUGCAUCUGACAUUACUACAGCAAUGGUUUAUUUACUCUCCACUGGUAACCUUCCUCCGACUUGCAAGUCGACACUAGCCGCUCAACUUAGCGGUCAAUCAACUGGUCUUACUGUUCCUGCAGACAAUGUGAAUUUUCUGCGUUUUGCUGCCCAAUUUCGAGCAGUUCAUCGUGGUGCUUACUUCACAGAAAUGCGUACUACAUCUGUUCGUCGUUUGUUACCCGAAGCAUGGGGUUUCUUUUGUCCUGUUCAUACACCGGAUGGUGCUCCAUGCGGGCUGUUGAAUCAUUUAGCUGAACCUGUAGAGGCUGUCUGUGAAACUCCAAAACAAUCUGUGCUGGAUUCUUUAGGCAAUUGGUUAGCUACGCAUAAACUACGACCUAUAGAAUUAUCUAGGCAGCUGUUUGGUAUUGCUGAACAACAAAACGCUCUACCAGUUCUCCUGGAUGGUCGUCUAAUCGGUUGGUUGUCAACAUUAAAUGAAGCUAAACAGUUGGCAUUGGAGCUGCGUCAAUCAAAAGUUAAUCCUGAUUGUAAGAAUAUACCGCACACGCUAGAGAUUGUGCUAGUUCCACCGACAGACGUGGCUUCACAAUAUCCUGGUCUAUAUCUAUUUGCUGGAGGGUCACGACUGCUGAGACCAGUAAGAAAUCUACAGAAUGUGAACAGGAGUAAGUCAAACGGUAAAGAUGCUGGUGGUGGUGGUGGUGUUGUUGUUGAAUGGAUUGGAACAUUUGAACAAGUAUAUUUGGAUAUAUCUGUUAAAGAGGAAGAAUUGAAAGAACGCCUAGCCACGGAUAAAUCACAUAUUGAAUUGGCACCUGAAAAUAUUUUCAGUUUUGUCGCCGGUUUAAUACCCUAUCCAGAUUUCAAUCAGUCCCCGCGUAAUAUGUAUCAGUGUCAAAUGGCAAAACAGACAAUGGGUCAUUCUAGUUAUACCUGGCGUAGUCGAUCAGAUGCUAAAGCCUAUCGUCUGUUUACACCGCAAAGUCCUCUUGUUCGAACAAAAAUGUAUGUGAAAUAUGAUGUAGAUCAUUAUCCAUUGGGAUUUAAUGCCAUAGUCGCUGUGAUGUCCUACACUGGUUAUGAUAUGGAAGAUGCUAUGGUGAUUAAUAAAGCAUCCUAUGAUCGUGGAUUAGCUGGUGCAUGUAUAUAUAAAUCAGAAGUUAUUGAUCUUUCAACGCUUACCAAGUCAGCAUCUGCAAACAAUCCUUUUCAAAAGAAGAAAUCAUCAGUCGCUGAACACUAUUUUGGUUUUGCUGGUGAUGUCGCCAAUAAAGGCCUUGAUAUAGAUGGUUUCCCACCGAUUGGUAGUCGUUUAGAGCCUGGUGUCAGUUGGUUGUAUGCUUAUACGCAUAGUGAAACGCAAAAGACUACUUUGGUCAAAUAUGAAGGCGGGGAACAAAUUGCCUAUGUUGAUUCAAUAACUCUCAAUGGAUCAUGGAGUUCUGCUACAAUAACACUUCGUCUGCCUAGACCACCAGAUAUCGGUGAUAAGUAUAGUAGUCGUCAUGGUCAAAAAGGCAUUAACAGUUUGUUAAUUCAAUGUGAAGAAAUGCCUUGGUCAACUACAAAUGGUCUUAUUCCUGAUUUAAUUUUUAAUCCUCACGGUUUUCCAACACGUAUGACAAUGGGAAUGAUGAUUGAAUUUUUAGCUGGCAAGUCAGCUGCACUUACGGGUACUCGAGUUGAUGCAACACCAUUCCAAUGGUCAGAAGAUUCACCACCCUAUGAAGAUUAUUGUCGUAUAUUAACUGAUUGUGGAUUCAACCAUUGGGGUACAGAGACAAUGAUGUCUGGAUCAACUGGACGUCAAUUAGAAGCACAAAUUUAUAUUGGAGUAGUUUAUUAUCAACGUUUAAGACACAUGGUAGCUGAUAAAUACCAGGUCCGUGCUGAAGGUCGUUUUGAUGCGAUACUUAGACAACCGAUUAAAGGACGUAAAGUUGGCGGUGGUAUUCGUCUCGGUGAAAUGGAACGUGAUUGUUUAUUAUCCCACGGAAUAGUCUUCAGUUUACAGGAUCGUUUAGUUGACUCGAACUGUGAUAAAGUUAAGAUGUUUGCUUGUUCUAAAUGCGGUGGACUAAUACACGCUGAUUUAGUUCGAAAUACUAUUGGCACCACAACAUCAGAUCAUUCAAAUAUUCCAACAGAUUCAAAUCAAUGGUGUUGUCGAUUAUGUGACAGUGGUAAUCAAGGCACAUUGUCAUCUUUUGGACAGAAAGAAAAGAGCACACUGAAAUCUGUUCAAGUCUCAGCGGCAUUCCGAUAUCUUACCUAUGAAUUGGCUUGUUUAAAUGUAAAAACUCGAUUGUCACUAGCUGAUCUUGAUUAACUUUUGUUAAUAAUAGAAAAUUUUUUUUAUUAUAUUCUAUUGAAAGUUC